AUGGAUAGUACACUCUAUCACUCAGCGGGUGUAUUCGGCUCCCCCUCAGCUUCUGAAAACUUGACUGCUGGCGGCAACAUGAUCACCACCACCAAGCCUCUCGCUUUUUCGAUCGAACGGAUUAUGGCCAGGACGCCUGAACCAAAGUCGAUACCUAUACCUAACUUGUUUCACCAUGCUCCCGUGGUUAAAGCGGACCCAAAGCAGACGCCCAACAUGAGCCCAUCGUCACUACAUUGCAUGAUACCCUUUGUGCCACUGGCAUACGAGCCGGGUCACAAACUCAAUAUAAACGGAUUAGACACAAAUCAUUUUGACGCUUCCACAUAUAACUCAAAUGAGUUGAUGGGCAUUGGAUUGAAUUAUAAAAAUGAACAUCAAGACGUGAGCCCGUCAGUUGGACAAUACAAACUCUUUCGACCUCGGGUGGUAAACCAGUCCUCCUUUCACACCAUGGGGGCUGUCUGCUACCUGAAUUGCGGCGAGAGUGCGUGCCCACCACCGGCCAGCAUCGUAAACAUCCACCCCAUGGCCUCAUACUUUCUUAACUCUCCGCUUCAGCACGCGCGCCAGAAAGCGUUUCUUGCUGAGAAAAAUAAAGUGGGUAACUGCGUGGAGAGAUACCCCAGCGGACUUGCUUUCAAAGACCUUUCUCACACUCAGCUCCAACAUUACAUGAAAGAGAGUGCCCAGAUUCUGUCUGACAAACUCUUUAAAGGCUCCUCCAAAUUGAGCAGUACAUGUCCAAAUGGGAAACCUAAAGUAUUUACCUGCGAAGUUUGCGGAAAGGUUUUCAAUGCCCACUACAAUUUAACGCGCCAUAUGCCUGUGCACACAGGCGCGAGACCAUUCAUCUGCAAAGUGUGUGGUAAAGGAUUUCGCCAGGCCAGCACCCUUUGUCGUCAUAAAAUCAUUCAUACUCAGGAAAAACCUCACAAGUGUAAUCAGUGUGGAAAAGCGUUUAAUAGAAGUUCGACUCUCAAUACGCACACGAGAAUUCAUGCCGGUUACAAACCCUUCGUGUGCGAGUUCUGUGGCAAAGGAUUUCAUCAAAAGGGUAACUACAAGAACCACAAACUGACACACAGCGGCGAGAAACAGUUUAAGUGCAACAUAUGCAACAAGGCCUUCCACCAAGUAUACAACCUGACGUUCCACAUGCACACGCACAAUGACAAGAAGCCCUUCACGUGCCCAACUUGCGGCAAAGGAUUCUGCCGGAACUUUGACUUGAAGAAGCACAUCCGAAAACUGCAUGAUCCUUCGGGAUCACAGUCCCCAGUGAGUCUUGGCUCAAGAGAAUCUCACUAGAGUUCUGGCGCAAAGAUAACGACAAAUAACCUACAUGUUACCCAUUGAUGACGAACAAAGCGUAUAGGCCUACAGCAAGUCAUUGUGGAUCAGUAGCCUACGCAUUUUCAUCGAACUUGACA